AUGGCAAGAGAUUUUCUUGCGAUUCAAGGUUCUGCCACUCCAUCAGAACGGGCCCUUUCAAGCGGCAGCAUCACAGAUCAGAGUCGACACAACCGGCUCACGCCCGAUAUCUUUGAGGCGCUCCAACUGUUGAAGAGUGCUUAUCACAACAGGCAUAUCCAGGCUGCAGCUGAGGCCGCCGCUCGUAUUGAGCCCCUCGCUCAUAGCCAACCGCAUGAUGACCGUAAUGACUCGAUUAACCUUGGCUACGGUGGACAAGAGGUGGAACUGGUUUGGAGGCAACGCUGGUCCCUCGUGACCGUUUUGUACCUCAUUGCACGAUAUGUUACAAUAGGAUUCAUUGUGUACGUUUCGGCGUUCUGGGCCAUUGGUGUUGCGCUCAUUACCCAUCCCUCCCAAUCAGAGUUAACGUCUUGGGACAUAUAUUCCCUGCCAGUGGACACUCAGAUCUAUAUCGGUCUCGCUCAAAUCUUCGAGAUAGCGCAGCUGUCUGUGCUGGGACCACGCCUCAUCCUUAUCGUUCGAGAAUAUAACGCCAAGCUCGUGGCCGACUCUGAUACAACAAGCGUUAUGACUUCCAUUGUUUUCCAGGAGCACGUCCAUGUGGAAACUAGCAAUAGUGUGUAG